UUGAAAUGCGUUAUCGUUGCUGCCUUUACGUGUUGUUAUUUACAACCAGCAUCGUUUUAACGUCUUUUAGAUUUGUGAAACGGCCUCAGUCGCCGCGUUAGGUCGUUUAUAACUAGUAUUUAACCUAAUACAAUGAACGGCGUUGGUGUCAUUUUAGGGGUGGAAGUUCAAGGCGUUUGUUUGAAGAUGGUGUUCACUGAGGGCUGUCACAGUCCACUGGAUAAUAACCAGAGGUUCUAGACCGGUGGGGUUUGAACCUAACGUUACAUCCAAAUGCAGCAAAUGAACUGACGUUUGUCCCCCGGUUGUUCAAAAGAUGAAACCCAACUUGUUAAAGAAAACAAAACUAUCCAGUCAAAAGAGCAAAGACAAACAGUUGCAAAAUGGUGAUAAGGAGCCCCUUCCAUCAGAUGUUGAUGCCAUCUGUGUUGGCACAGAUGCAACUGAAACAUCUAAUGAUAUGCUGAACUGUGUAAUGGACUGUUGUCCCAAAGUCACACAGAUGAGUCCAGAGCAAGGAGAGUUGGAAGCUUUGGGAGUCCUAAUGCUAUCAGAGCAACACCAGCAGCACAAUGUGAACCUGCAGCCUUGUCCUCCUGCGCUCAGAACAUUUGUUCCAAAGACAGAGCCAGAUCACUUUCCCUUAAACCAAACUAGUUUUCAGGUCAAAACUGAGCCUGGAAUUUAUGAAGUACUUCAGAGAGAGUCUACGUUGACUGUGGAAGAGAAAAAGGAGAGAUAUAAGGAAGUGAAGCUUGAGAUGCCAGAGGAAAACCUGCUGUGUAAUUCUGACCUGGAGGAAACCAUGGCUUCUUCCUCCCUGAUUUUUCCUUGCCCCCAUUGCUCUGUGACUUUUACUGACUUUACAUACUUGGACAAGCACUUCAAAUGGUGCCAUCGAAGUGAAUACCUGUCAUGGGUGAAAAACCACAAAGUCUACAACUGCUCCAAAAUAACCUCCGGGAUGCUCAGCUGCACUUCAUGCCACUAUCGUUUCUUCUCUCAAAGCCAGCUGGAGACCCACGUGCGCAAGGCUCACCUUCCGACACCCAAACCCACCCGAAAACGCUUCACCUGUCCGCAGUGUGAUCGUAGCUUUGAUUACAUUGGAAACUUACAAAACCAUUGCCGCCGAUGCCACAGCUUAUCUACGGUGUGCAAAGAUGGAUAUAUUAGCUGUGCUGCAUGCGGUAAAAGCUUUGCAGGAGUCUGGGGCCUUGGACCACAUCGCUGUCAUGAUGAUGAGAAGAUACUUGAUACAAGUGAACCCCUUUGCACAGACCGUGGGUAUUUGUGCCAAGAUUGCGGCAAGAACUUUUCUACACUCCAAAGUCUAAAGACACACAAACGCAUACACACCGGCGAGAAACCAUGCAUCUGUGGAGAUUGCGGCCAUAGCUUUUAUGAUAUGGGGAGUCUGCGCCAACACAGAGUCAUCCAUACAGGAAUCCGGCCUUUCAAGUGUCCUGAAUGUAAUAAAGAGUUUGCUAGAAUGGGCCACCUCAGAUGCCAUCUGAGAACCCACACGGGAGAAAGACCAUACCCAUGUCCUCAAUGCGGCAUGAGAUUCAGCCACCGCUCAACACUUCGCAUCCACCAACAAGUUCACUCCAAGGAAAAAGCAUUUCCAUGCGCUAUCUGUGGCAAAGCGUUUUCUGCUUUGAGGUAUGUGAAGGUCCACCAAAGAGCGCACAACUCUGAGAGAAUUCUGGAAUGCCGAGAGUGUACAAAGACUUUUACACGAGCGGAUGUGCUUAAGAAACACCUGCGCAUUCACUCUGGCGAACGGCCGUAUUUUUGCAACAUCUGCAGCAAGCGUUUUGUACGCAUCCAGCACCUGAAAAACCACAUGCGCACUCAUACUGGUGAGAAACCGUAUCGCUGUGAGCAGUGCGGCUCCAGCUAUGCCCAGUCUGGAGAUUUGACUAAACACAUGAGGAAGCACACAGGAGAAAAACCCUACGCCUGUUCAGACUGUGAGCGUCGCUUCAGCAGCUCAGGUGACCUGAGCAAGCACAGGCGCAGUCACACGGGCCACAGACCCUAUAAGUGUUUGGAGUGCGGGAAGAGUUUUAUAUUGUCCCAGCACCUGAAGUUACACAAACGAACACACACAGGCGAGAGGCCGUACAGCUGCACACAGUGUCUUCGCACAUUUACACGCUCACACCAUCUCUCUCAACACAUGGAGAAGCACACAUGAGGACAGAUGACUGCACGCCUGUCUAAUAUUUCAUGUAGGAAAAUGAAUCGGGAGAUUAAUGAUGAAUUGGGAAAUCGGUUUUCUUUAAGGAAUGCAAUCCAGACAGAUUUCUUUCUUCCGUGGGAUAUAUUUAAGGGUUAAGCAUAUAGUAACGUACCCAUUGUUAGGCCUGUCAUGAUAUCCAUUUUUUGUUAUAAUAUAUUACACUAAAAUAUAUUGCGAUAAACAAUAUAUUGUCAUUUUAUGACACUUCUUGUAUAAUAUCAGAAUGACAAUAUAAUAAGAAACAUUUAAGAACAUUUUAAUUUAAUUAAGAAUUAAGAACAUUUAAUUCAAUUAUAGUAAUUUCAAUCAUAAUAAAUAAUAAAUGUUAAGAAAAAAUUGCAAGGUAAAAUGUAACAGACCGCAAUAUUGGCUACCAGAACUAUUUUCAUUUGUCAGACACCCACAUGAAAAUAUAAUACAGUAAUUUACAGUAAAUACUAUGGUGUUUUUUAACCAUACUUACACCUCUAAAAGAGAUAAAGAUGUUGCAAAAUCAGAUAAAUUGUUGCCAGAAUUGGUUUUAAUUUAUAAGUGAUAUAUAUUGCAUUAUCAAAAAUUAUUGAGGUCAUGUCCAAGUGUUUUGCGGUAAAUUGAUACAUUGAUUAUUGUGUCAGGCCUACCCAUUCUUUCACUGAUCAAAUAAAAUUAAUGCCGUUUACGUUUUUUUGUUCAACAAGGAACAAGCAACUGACAAAAGCAGUGCUUUAAACUUGAUCUGUCUUUUUAAAAGGAAUCGCUAGCAUAAUAAAUUGUAAAUAAAAUAAAGUUUUAUUUAGCCAUUUAAAGACACUGUUCAUAAGAAUUGACAGCGUGCCCUUUACUUUUUCGAUAAUAGACUUAUAAUAGAUUGCUGUAGCAUAGUAACAAUAAUCUACAAAUUAAAAUUAAUCUAUAGGCGCAAUAAUGGAAGUAUUCUAGAACUACAUUUAUAAACUGAUGUUAAAAUUUAAACUUGCUCAUCACUCGGUGCUCUCGGAAAAAUUACGUUUCAGCAAAUUUUUCAAACUGCUGUAACUGUGUUAGGGUUCCUUUUGUGUUGAUAUGUAAGUGACGUCAUUUUGCUCUGUUCAUAUUUUAACAUUUUCAGAAGUCUGGCUCACAGCUAAAAAUAAAUUCUGCAUUUAGAACUUUAAUGCUUUAUGGAGAACACUGAAAACUACAUUUGUGUGUUUUCAGUUCUGCACUAGGCGUGGGCGGGUAUAAGAUUCUAACGAUUUGAUAACCAUGGAUAAAAAUAUUACAGUUUCACGAUUACUGCUGUAAAACAGGUUCUUUUUAAAUGUCUGGGUCAAAAACAAAUCUUUUUUCUGCUUUGAUCACAAUGGCUGUGCCUGAAAUCACAGACUUCCAUACUAUAGUAUGUUAAAAACAGUAUGCUAGCCAAGUAGGAUGUGUAAAUACAGUAUGCAAGAAGUACCCAGAUGACCUAAUACUUCUGGUGAGAUUCUGAAGUGCGCAUCUGAUGGAUGCUACGCUAUCCCAUGAUGCACUGCGAGAGAAAUCAUGAAUGGAAGUGAAGCGGGUAUGUCACAUGAUGAUGACAAAAUGGCAUCUGUUGUACGUCCGACUCCGAGGUACAUUCACUCGCAUUCAUACUGUAUAGAACAUACUUUUCUAUCAGUCAAGUAGUAAAUACAAAUGGAGUACCUACUGAGUAGUAGGGGAUUUCGGACACAAACCGCCAGUAUAUUUUAUUUUGAGAAACAUUUGAAAUAUUUUGAAGCAGAAAAUAUGUCAAGCUAAAUAUUUAAAAAAAUUCAAAUGAAUCAUUGACUUCUGCAGUCUUCAUCAGUUUCAAAAACAAUAAUAUAUAUAUAUAUUUUAAAUGGCAUCUUUGGGUAUCUUUUCUGAUGGAGAUACUGCUGUCCUAAAAAACAAACCAAAAAAUAAAUAAAUAUUAAAAAUCUUACACAUACCGUAGAAACAGUAUAACAGAAAAAGUUGUCUGUUUUUAAAAACCUUGAGUUUUCCAAACUGAGGUAUACCUUAAAAAUGGUUAUCAUCCCAUGCCUAUACUGCACUGUAAUGGAUUGGUUAUUUUAUAGUUAUUUGUGUGGUUGUUGAUUUUACCAGGUUAUUUUGCAGUUGUUUUUAUGGUUGUUCAUUUGUCUACCAAUGCCAAAGUAUUCUGAGGGUGAUAUAACUGAAAAAAAAUGAAACAUUACUGUAACUAGUUUAGAGGAAAAUCUUUUUCGAAAGACUGAUAUUCAUGACAUAAAACGUAUAUAAACAAUAUGUUGUGUUAAGGUUUAUGAGUUUACUGUUAACUUUAAAAUGGAUGAAAUCAAAUGACUUUUGCUCUGUUUUGAACUACAGUGUUUUGUCAUUGUUUUGGCUUGAAUUGUGCGUUUAAGACUGUAUUCUUAUGUUAAAUGAAACAGUAAAUACAGUAUGCUAACCAGAGAGA